AUGGAUGGCUAUGUUUAUCGCAAGGUUCGAGGAAAUUAUUUGCACAGAGAGGAACUUGUAGGCAUAUCAAGGAUAAUAUCCUUGCCUUACCAGUUUCCCAUCAAGUUAAGACGGCAACGCAUCCUUCACAAACUGGCUGAAUUGUCACCACUCGACGCUGAUCUACUUGAUCGAUUUCACGCUUAUGAGAAGACAGCGAGUCGUCCACGAAUGUCCUCGGACGCAUUCGGCGGCGCGGCGCCGAUCGACUGCGCCUCGAUCGCCGAGAAACUCAUGCAGAAAGAUCGUGAUCUCGAAAUAGCAGCAAAAAUUGGUCAAUCGCUGCUGGAACAGAACAAAGAUCUCCAACAACGCACCGAAUUUCUCGAGGAAAGUUUAGCGAAAAGUUCCGAAGAAAUGGUGCAAAUGAAACAUGAGCUUGAUCGGAAGGCAGAAUUACUUCGAGUUUACUGUCACUAUGACGAUGACGGUUUCACUCGUGAAACAAUUGACGAUUCUCUCAAGAAACGCUUAGAGAAAACACGUUUAGAAAACCUUCAACUAAAACGAGAUGUGUUCUCGAUGAAAAAGGAGAUGGAGGCACAAAUAGAGCGAGAUCGGAAGAGGUAUGAAGAAGUUUCGCGGCAAUUCGAACAAGCGCAACAACAGAUUGCCUCCCUCCACGCACAAGUUAUCGAAAGAGGUGAAGACUAUGCUGCACAGUCACUUGUCGUGGAAAAAUUGCUCCGUGAGAUCUCGCUCAAAUGCUGUCGUGAACGAGAGCUAACUGCCGAAAAUGCAGACUUGACCCGCCAAGUCGAUGAAGCCCUCCAACGGCAGGCUGAACUAGGAAUGCAAAUGAAAGAGUUACAGGAGCGCUACGCAGAGCUGCGAAGUAUGUUCUGUGACGCUGAAGAAGAACUGAGCCGGUUCAGAUCGGCACCGCCUCUUCGAGCAGGAUCCGUGGAUUCACUUUACGACUCUCUGGCUUCAGAGCUGGAAAAUAGCGAUAGUGGAUUUUCUAGUACUCCUGCUGCAAGUGCAAGAGCUGGUGAUGCCCUGAAUUUACGUCUUGAGUUGCAAAGAGCCACAGAGACGAGCAUCAAACACGCGUCUUCAAAAGAAGAAUUCGAUGUUCCAUCAAGUGUCUUAGCCGAAGUGGUCCGUAAAAAGAUCGCCAUCGAGCCUGUAGCACCACCGCAGACUCCGCAGAGUGAGGUGGCCGUUACUCCGACGACGGAAACCACACCGACGUCUAAAAAAGCGGAACUCGUCCGUACACUCACUUGUGAUGCGAGCACUUCUUGCACGGAGUUGGCUGGUCCAUCACUUUCACCGGUGGCAACGUCUACUCCAAAAAGAUUGCGAGACACUGAGGGGCUGCUGCAGCUAUCCGAGCCGCGAUCAGCCUCAUCUACCCCAAACACUCCUCCACCAAGGUCAUCGUUUCUGCCACACUUUCGUGGCUCACUCCGUUUGCCGCUUCGACCGCAGACGACGAUGACGAUGACGAGCAAAUGCUCAUCAGAUGACUCUUUGGAGGACUACGUUGCCCCGAAAAUGGGCGAACCUGGUGUGCCUGGCACACGCGAUCUCAACUUCUCCCUCAGAAUGCUCAAAGCUCGUCGGAAGGUAGAGCAAGACUACGCGAAGUUUCUGCAUCGCAAAGGCCUUCCUCCUAGUUCUUUCUUCUCACAACAAUCGCCAACAAAAACCCCAAAAGCAAAGGAAGAACCAUGGACUGACUACAGCAUCGUCCUGGGACAAGACCACCAGAGGACGAUUCGAUCAUACCGUGGUGCAGUCACAAUCGGCCUUGGUGCAUUGAAAGGCUCAGAACAGUCAGGAGUUCUGUCCAGAGCAGAGAUAAACACCCCAACUUCCUCCCCACAAAGAAUCUCGGACAAUUUGCUCUCUGGUGGUCUACGAUCUUUGGCUCCAACGCUGUCCGGCUCAAUCGGCGACGCAUUUUCAGGAAAAGGAAUCAUUCUUCGCCGAUUUUGAGCUUUGAUAUCGAGGAGCUUCAGCGUUUCUCUACGGGUCCUUUGCUCACUCUUUUCAUAUUGUUAACUUACUGACCAGAGCACAUAACACAGAGUAUCUUGAACUAAUAAAUUUUUUGCUCCUAGAGAAAUCUCAACUUACUUCUUCUGUUCCUUAUUAUCGUGUAAGUUAUCUUGAUGAGAGCAUUUUGAUUGUAUAGGCUGACAUUUGAGAUCGGCUGAACGUUAGCAGCUCAACAGUUGGUUACGGCCUUCUCAAUUCUCGCACUGGUGCAAAAGUGUAAUUUUAAGUCUUUGACCCCCGGUAGAUGAAGGUUUCAUCAUAGGUAGACUAGUUAGAGAGUGCUUUAAUGUAAUGAUGUUGAAUAAAAUUUGUGACCUAC